AUUCCAUUUCUCAUUCUCCUCUCUUCCCAGGAGGGAGCCCAUCAAAGGAAGUCUGGGACUGGUGGUCCUCUGGAACAAUCAGGAAAGAGCAGUCAGGAAGGAUCCUGAAUCCCUGGUUUUGAGCUGGGGGUGUCGGGUGUGAUGCUGACAACCUCUUCUCUCCCCUCAGGCACCUGUAUUAAGUGCAACAAAGGCAUCUAUGGGCAGAGCAACGCCUGCCAGGCCCUGGACAGCCUCUACCACACCCAGUGCUUUGUCUGCUGCUCCUGUGGGCGAACUUUGCGCUGCAAGGCUUUCUACAGCGUCAAUGGUUCCGUGUACUGUGAGGAAGAUUAUCUGUUUUCAGGGUUUCAGGAGGCAGCUGAGAAAUGCUGUGUCUGUGGUCACUUGAUUUUGGAGAAGAUCCUGCAGGCCAUGGGGAAGUCCUAUCACCCAGGCUGCUUCCGAUGCAUCGUUUGCAACAAGUGUCUAGAUGGCAUCCCCUUCACAGUGGACUUCUCCAACCAGGUGUACUGUGUCACUGACUACCACAAAAAUUAUGCUCCUAAGUGUGCGGCCUGCGGCCAACCCAUCCUCCCCUCAGAGGGUCACCACCCUGACCCGAACAUCCGGGCCUGGACAUGUCUGACAGCCUCACUGGGCCCAGGCUUCAUCCCGUCUCUCCCAGUCCAGAGGAGGAGACUUCCUUUCUUUGAGGGCUGUGAGGACAUUGUGAGGGUGAUAUCCAUGGACCGAGAUUAUCACUUUGAGUGCUACCACUGUGAGGACUGCCGGAUGCAGCUGAGUGACGAGGAGGGCUGCUGCUGCUUCCCUCUGGAUGGGCACUUGCUCUGCCACGGCUGUCACGUGCAGCGGCUCAGUGCCCGACAGCCCCCUGCCAACUAUAUCUGAACUGCGGUCCCCGCUGCUGCCUUCGCCACCCCUGACAAGUUGCUCUGGCCAGAGGGCCCCUCUGAGGCCAGCUGAGGCCAGGAACGUGCUCCCAGGUCAGGCAGAAGAGUCCUCUGGGGAGGGCCCCACGGGCCAGAGACCCAAAGAUACGACAUUCCAGAUGGACUGUGGAGAAGGACCCUUCCGAUUGCCACGGUGGGGUGACUGGCUUGCUUCCCGUGUGCACAGCCUGAGCUGUAGCAUACACUCGGGCAGGCAGGUUCCAGGACUUUCUAAAGGUCUGAUUUUAGUCUGUAUCUCCAGUAUCCGUUUAUGCACAGGUCAAGCAAUGUUCUGGCUUUGGAUUAUAGGAAGAGAGGACAUUAUGAACACUCCUCAGUCUUUUGCACCCCUCACGUGGGUCAGAUACGGGGUCAGCAGGUUCUUACCACAGUAUCUUAUCUCUGUAUCUGGAUGAAGAGGUGGAAACUGGACCUUAUUCAUGAGUUGUUUCUUGGUGACCUUCUCUCUAAGGACCAGGAGAGCCGCUCACCCCUGUGCUGGGAAGCGGGGGCAGCUCGGGUGGACCUGCUGCCUGUGUUGCAUGUCUCUCAGGGACUCACGUGGGCCUGGGAAGGCCGGGUGGGUGCCUGUCCUGGGUUCCUCUUCUCCUCGGCUUGGGGACGUAACGAGUGGGCCUUUGGGGGUGCAGGAGGCCUCAGGCUAGGCCACGCGCCCAGGUGCGGGUGCACGGAGCCCUCCAGCCCACCGUACACACGCAGAGGCACACUCGCUCUCUCACUCCCUUCUUCUCAGGACACUGUCAUCCCCGUCCCCUCACAGGAGCCCCCCACUCCAGACCUGCCACCCUGCAGAGGGAUCCAGGAUUCCAGCCACUGCAACUCCCAAGCCCUGAGGUUCUGGGGAGCCAGAGGGGCGACACGCUUUGACCUGGCUCUAGUCCGUUUGGCUAAAAUUGGUCCCUUAAAGGCAAUUCAUGGAACACUUACACCCUUCAACUGCACUGGUUUUUUUUUUCAGUGCAGAAAGGAUGGUUUUAUUGAAAGCGCGGGGACAGGACCCGUGGGCAGAGAGAGCUGCCAAAGUUUACAUCACUUAAUGACCAGUUUGCCAAAAGCUCGGUUCCAUCUGGGGAACCGUUUAGGUGUUCACUUAGGUGUUCUAUUAUGUUUUGGGUGUUUUAAGGAUUUAUAUCUAUUCCUCCAACAGUACUUCUGAGUUACUGUCAACAUAAAUUUAUCAAAUUUGCAGCACUUUGUAAAUGAGAUUGUUUCCUACUUUUACGGACAUCUUUUCCUAUGUUAUCUACUUUUCCGACAUUUUUCAAAAAAGUUUAAAGUUCCUAGCAAUAAAUAUAAUUAAUUGGUACAGACAUUUUGUGUAUCAGUUUUUGUGUUUCUUAAUCUAAUAUCCCUUUACAAAUUAGAUGCCUUGGAAAACGUAAUGGAGCUCAUAUGAUUUUGAUGCUUUGGCCUAACUUCUACAUUCCUGCUGUUAAAAAUGCCAAUGUAUUCUAAACAAAUGAACAAGCAUGUGGCAUAUUCAGUUGGCUAACAAUUAAAGGUUACAUAGACAAGAGCAAUAAAAAGUGAAAGGGUGACUCUGCUAAAUCCUUUUGAAAUGCUGCAGAUUUGAUAAAUAUUUGAGACUAAUUGUCUCUAGGUGAGUUGGUUUUAGGCAAAUUAAUCUGAUAAUCUUUGAUCCUUAGUCUUCAUUCUUUGUCACUAAGAGUUUCAUACUGGAAAUGGUGACUCCUGAGAACAGAAAUUCCGCAUUUAGGGGUUAUUCUAAGGUGGCUGUGUCAGCCACGCUGGGGUCGCAGAGAAGAGGCCUGUGCAUGAGGGUAUGAUUGAGAGGAAGAGCUCACAUUCAUACCACUGACUGCCGGAGGAGAUGCACUUUUGGAGUGAUAAAUGUUCUGAGACUAGAUAACUUGGUCUACAGCUGGGAUUGCUUCUUCUGAAUUAUUAUUAUUAUUAAAUAAGUGAAUACAAA